CCUCAAGGGCGGGUCACUUAUCUCCCUCGAGCUACCUCAUCUCUGUUACAUUCAGCGAACAUCUUAGGUCAUCCAGAUCUCUGCUGGAUGUUCAUCUGCACACUUCUGUUUUUUUUGUCUCUGAUUCCAAGGUCUGGGUUUUGAUCAGUCUGACAAAGACUAUCUGGAAGAGGAAGAAUUAUUUCUGAGCACCGAGGCCAGAGCUCAACAUGAAGAAGUCAGAGAAGUUUGGCAUCUCCAUGGAGACCGACGACAGAACAGAGGAGGACAAAACAUGUGUGGGCCCCGAGAGCCCCGGGGCUACCAUGGACACUAACCAUGAGAGGAGGAAGGAGGGCAAACCUGAACUGAGAUAUAAUGCCAACUUUUACAAAAUGAUGCACAAUUUAGACACAGACAGCGUGGCUAUUAACUAUAGCAGGUUGUUUGAAGACGUGGCCAGUGGGGACGUCAAACGGCUGGAGGGCCUGUACCAGUACCUGCAGGACACUGGGAAGAAACUCUCCGACUCCCUGUAUCAGUCCGAAGGUAAAACCGCCCUAAUGAAGGCUCUGCUGCACCUCAGAAACAACAAGAAUGACACGGUGGAACUAUUACUUGACAUUUCGGAGAAGCAGGGAGACAUCGACAAGUUUGUGAAUGCAGCCUACAAUAGCAAAUAUUACAAUGGUCAGACUGCUCUGCAUAUAGCUAUCGAGAGGAGGAGUCUUCCCUACGUGAAACUGCUGGUCAGUAAAGGGGCAAACGUCCAUGCCAAAGCCGAUGGAAAAUUCUUUCAACCACAUGACGGCCCCAACUUUUAUUUUGGUGAGCUGCCUCUGUCUCUGGCAGCCUGCACCAACCAGGCUGACAUAGUGGACUUCCUGAUGGAGAACGCGCAGGCGGAUGCAAAGCUGACGGACUCUCAUGGUAACACGGUGCUGCAUGCCCUGGUAGUGGUGGCAGCGGUCAAGUGCGAGGACAACACAGAGUUUGUCACCAGCAUGUACGACCGCGUCCUCAAGACCAGCGACCGACUGCACCCGAAGCUGAAGCUGGAGGACAUUAAGAACAAAAUGGGGCUGACGCCUCUCAAAUUGGCUGCCAAGACGGGCAAGAUAGGGAUUUUUUCUCACAUCCUUAAACGGGAAUUUCACGACAGUCACACCAAACAUUUGUCUCGCAAAUUCACAGAGUGGGUUUACGGGCCCGUCCACAGCUCCCUAUACGACCUGGCCUCGGUGGAUUCCUGUGAAGAUGGCUCGGUCAUGGAGAUUCUGAUCUAUGGCAGUGACAUUCCUAACCGUCAUGAGAUGCUGGAGACGGAGCCUGUGAGUCAAAUGCUGGAGCAUAAGUGGAAGAAGUUUGCGGGUGGAAUGUUUGUCCUCAACUUCCUGUUCUACGUUGCAUACCUUAUCAUCUUCACUUUAGUGUCUUACAAUAAGAGGAAUGGAAAUCCACCGUUUGAAACCGAACACACUAUCAAGGGUUACCUGUAUGUUUCGGGCCAGCUCAUGACACUACUGGCAAACGUCUACUUCUUUUUCAUCGGGAUAAUUGACAUGAGGAGGAAGCGCCCGAAGCUGAAGACGUUGCUCAUCGAUGGAUAUUACGAGAUUCUGUUUUUUGUGCAGGGCGUCCUCUUCCUGGUCACGGCUGCUUUGUACGUGUUGGGGCGGCACGAGUACCUGGGUUUCAUGGUGAUGUGUCUUGCUCUGAGCUGGGUGAACGUGCUCUACUUCUCCAGAGGAGACAGACACAUGGGCAUCUACAGUGUCAUGAUACAGAAGAUGAUCCUCAGCGAUAUCCUGCGCUUCCUUUUUGUCUAUGUCGUCUUUCUCUUUGGAUUCUCAGCAGCUGUGGUCACUUUACUCAUUGAGCCUCCUGCGAAAAACAUCACUAGGAAUGGGCGCUUCUUCAGUCCCGUCGCCCCAGAUGAGCCAUGUGUAAAACCCACGUUCAGAAACAUCUCCUACACCACGCUGCAGCUCUUCAAGUUCACCAUCGGCAUGGGUGACAUGGAGUUCACUGAGGACUACCAAUACAGGGAGGUCUUCUACAUACUCCUCAUCGGUUACAUCAUACUCACUUACAUCCUGCUGCUCAACAUGCUCAUCGCCCUCAUGAACCGCACCGUGGAGAGGAUCACCAAGGACAGUGCCAGCAUCUGGAAGCUGCAGAGGGCCAUCACCAUCCUGGACAUGGAGAAAAGGCUGCCUGCCUGUCUGAGGAGGAGUUUCCAUUGUGGGGUGCAGAAAGAACUGGGCCCUGCAGUUGGAGACGACUGUCGCCAGUGUUUAAGAGUGGAGGAAGUCAACUGGAACAAAUGGAACAUCAACCUGAGCAAAAUCAAUGAGGAUCCCGGCUGCUGGGAUCGUCCGCCACAGACUGCCAUAGAUGCCCCGCUGAACUCAGCAUGGAGGAGCAGGAGAGGCCUUUUCAGUGGACGGAGGCAGAGACAGCAAUCCACAGAGAUGACUCCUCUGAGCAGCAUGCCAGUCUAAAAUGACAGCCAGGACCUUCACUCUGGAUGCUCAGCCUGACUGACCCGGGCACUGAGGCAGUCAACCACAAAAGACACUUUUCAGUUUUAGUUCUCCAAGAAGUCUAACUGCCAAAUGUGUGUGCCGCCUAUAAGACUGACUUAAUACCCAUCCCUCAACUUGAUUAUGAUUAUAUAUUUCAGGCAAUAUGUGACAUGGCUUCAGUAGCAUGCAGCUUCUUCCAGCACCCAAACAGGAUGCACUUCCUCCCUGUAAAAAGGCCAUAAAUCUGCCCGGCACCACAGGCCCCUGCUCAAAAUCCUUCAUGGAGUAAUACUGAUCAUGAAGGUGCUGAUCCUGCCCUCCUGCGGUGUGCCCUUUAUACCAGUCCCAUUUUCAUCACAGCCAGACAAGCUAAAUCUACUACAGCCACACAGUCCUGUGGAUUUCACAGCUUGCUUUGUCCACUCUUCUUCCUGUUUCUAUUUGGCAGAGGCAGGCUUGGAUAAAUGGCAUGAAAGCAGGCAGUGACCGGUGCAACUAUCACUACCUUCGACACCAGCUGAUGCUGUUGCAAUUCAUGCGUGGCGUAGCUGGACCUUUUGAACUGCUAAGCCUUGUACUAUGCUGUUUAAGUAUGCGACCAAGCAUGUGAAUAGUGACCUACCUGAAUAGACAGACAGGGUGACAGCAGCGAAAUGUUACUGAGAAGGGACCAAAAAGUAUGAUUAAGACUCAUAUCAAAGCAUAAAUUAGAACUUUAUUUUAUUAUUACAAUAUUACAAAAAGAGUAGCACAACUCUCACGCUCUUGCCUCUUCAUCUGCCGUACAGUGACACAAAAGAAAGGCUUCAGGACCUUCUUCCAUUUCACAGCAAUAGUACAAGGGAAAAAAAAAGGAGAAAAUAAAAUUUAAAUAACAAGCAAAUCAAGUAUUAUAAAUAGUCACAACUGCAAACCGAAGCUUUGAAACGUGGAAAAAAGUUACAGCUCUGUAACUACACAUUGCUAAAAUAUAUAAUUACAAAAUAUUACUCCUUUUCUUGCUUUCCAUAAUAAAGAAUUUCUAAGGAAUUGUCUAUUCAACAAAACGUCAUUAAAAUAAAAAGAUCAAGGAAAAAAAAAAAGAAGAAGCUAUUUCUGUGUAUCCUUACCAUCACCUUCAUUCUCCUUAUUGUUUGGGGUUUUCAUUAAAACCAUGCUCAUUAGCAGAGGAACGUCCAAGGACCAAACACUUAAGGCUUUUUAAGGGCUGUUAGGGAGUUAGGUGAACAAAACAUGGGCAUCAUUGUGUUUACACACACGCGCGCACACACACACACGCUCUCACACCCUGAACUCUACCCACGUCAGCAGGUAACAUUCACACACAAUCAUUACAUUUCAAAGUUACAGUAGUCUAGUAGGUAAGCCAGUGUACAAUAAAAUAAUAACAAUGCAGUUGCUUUCACUUUAAACCUAAAAGUCAGUUUUGUUUACCUCCAUGUGAUCUUGCAAGUGAUCAAUUUGGUCUUUCCAGGGAGACUUCACAUCAAAAUCAGUAGCAACUACACAUAAAUUAACCCACUCCAGUUUCUGCUGAGGGGGGGGAUCAAACCUCUGGUUCGCCUCUUCAUGACAUUAACAACACUAAUAUGUUCUCCUACUCCAGAGUUCUGUCCUCGUAACUCAACAAUCGCCUUAAACAUCUGCAAAACAAAUAAUCUGAACAUUCAAGUAAUGCAUUUAACAUGGUUACAAAAAAAAUGAUGUGAAAAGGAAAUAAAAAUGAAAUGGCA